AUGUAUCAUCACGCAGGCUUCUGCCGCCGCCGGCGAUCCUCUUCGACGUCAUCUACCGCCUCGACGGUAUCCUGGACGUCCAACCACCACCAUCACGACCAACAACAACACCGCCACCACCACCACCACGACGUUGUCGUCGACAAUGUCCGCGCCGCUUGCAGCGGCAGCCAGAUCAGUGCGGCAUCUUCUUCUUCCCCGCCGCCAUCGCCGUUGUCGUCGUCGUGCAACGUGCGGACCUGCGAGGGCAUGACGGCCGACGAGACGCGCGAGCUGUGGAAGUGCAUGCUCGCCCUGCAGCAGCGCUAUGGGUGCUACAACUCGAGGCGGAUCGACCUGGCGGCCAACGCCGGCGACGACGAGGGCGUCAACCUGAUGCCAAAUCCCUUCAUCAUCGACACGCUCAACAACUCCGUCAUCGACCUCCCCAGCGAAGGGUGGGAGAUGCUCGACCGGUGUCUCCGCGGCCACGACGAGGCCUGCGCAUCUGCGUCGUCGCCAUCAGCUGCAUGCCAGAAGAGCAGCAAUAAGCCCAACAAGUGCGAGGGGAGACUUGUUGUUGCUUGUGCCCGGCAAUGA